AUGCAGCGGAUGAUCGGUCGAAAGUUUUAUAAAAGUGAAGAAACAUCGUUUAAGCUGACGUUGAAAGGAAGUUUGCUGCCGGCCUGGGAAUCGUCUUUCAUUCUGCGAGACGAUGAUCAAAUCAUGGUGGAACAUGAAGUUAUGGCUCAUCAUUCAUCAGAGUAUUGGAGUAAGAAGAAAAAACGGAAAAAGAAGCUAAUGACGAAUUCCAAAAAUUUUCCUGAAGAAACUAGGAAAACUGACACAUCUGCUAAAGAGAUCAGCAAGGGUAAUGGGAAUAACCCGAGAAGGCGUCGCAGGAGGAGAGGGCAGAGGAGCUUCGCUUGUAGCCCUUUCAUUUAUGCAAUGAGCCAGAGUUUGGACUCUGAUGCUGACAAUAGAAGCCCCGUGUCCACACCUGUGGCUAGCCAACUCAAAUACCCUCCAUCUAGCAACAGCUCACAGAAACAUUUUCACUUUACAUCUGACACAGAGGAAGAUGAAGAAGAAGAAGAAGAAAACAUCUCACAGCCAACAAAGACAGGGGUUGAUCAAUCAAAGACAGAGAAUAAUUUUGAAAGUUCGAAAACCAGUUUAUCUUCUGAGAAAAUCGUUAUGAAUGGUACUGAGGAUUCAAAUUCUUCAUUUGUCUCUCAAGGAGGAGGAGAAGAUAAAAUUUUAACAUCUUCACAAAGACAUUCUUCCAAAAAGUCUGUUCACUUUGCUUUGGAGAACGUUCCUUGUGCAUCUUUUGACAGCAGUCAAGAGCCUGUUAUUUACAAGCGUGGACAGAGGAGAUCUUUUCCAACUCUCAUAAGGCAGCAACAAUUAAACACAAGCUUAGAAAGUUGUUCUUCUAUCUGCACAAGUGUUGAAGAUGAUCCUAAUACUGCAUCUGUAAAUGGCUGUACCCCUAAGCCUCUAAAAGAAUACAAUCUUUUACCUGCGAUUGUUGGUUAUCCAAGGGCAGGUGACAAAAUUGCAUUCAAGAGAUUGGAAAUUGGAGAUGACUACACACCAAGAUUAUCUAAUUUUAUUGAAGCUAAAGUUAUAUCCUUCCAAGAAGACUCAAAGCAACUAACGAUGAAAGUUACAUCUCCAAAAAAUAAUCGCAGAAAAGAAGGAAAGUUUGAAUUAUUUUAUGAAAAUGACGAUGAUAUAAUUCUUGACCAACCAGAUGAUGUUAUAGAGAGUGUGGAAUUGAGUACUUUACAAGAGGUGAAGCUUCUAAAGUAA